AUGUCAAAACGACCGGCAGAAGAGUCACUAGACGAGCCACGCAAGCGCGUGCAGGUUGCUACGGUUGCCUCUGUUGCGCCAGGCAUUUCGCGAUGGUCUUCCACAGAGAUAUCCGACAGCCUGCCACCUCUUCCACCAAUCAAUCCCGACCUGGAAGCGCAAGUCUUCAGGCACCCCGGGCUUGGACGUCCAAACUGGGAGAAGCUGGAAUGGUAUGGUGACGCGACACUUGAAAUGAUAUCUACAGAAUUCAUAUUCGAGACUUUUCCGCAUCUUCCAUCAGGCCGGUGCAGCCAAAUCCGCGAACAGCUUGUGCGAAAUGUCACACUCGCUGGGUACUACCGAGAAUACGGCAUGGAAAACAAAACGCAAUUGCCUAUAGACAUUGGCAAGAUGACAGUCCUGCUACAAACACAGAAGAACAACAAGGACGUCAUUAAGCUUCAAGGCGAUGUUUUUGAAGCAUACGUUGGAGCAGUCGUCAAAUCGCACCCUCAGGGAAACGCAAACGCCGUUGCUUGGCUCAAGAUGCUAUGGGGUCGAACAAUCAAAGGUCAAAUCCAGCAAGCAGAAAGUUAUCAGGAAAUAAUAGCCCAAGCGCAACCCAUCGUUACCCAGCAAUCUCCUACCACGCAAGAACAAUCUACGCAGCCCGAAGCCAAGGCAGUGGAACCCCUGACAGAGCGAAACGCGAAGGCUCGCCUGAGUACAGCGAUCGCGGUGCCUGGAGUUAAAAUCCGGUACGAGGACAUGCCAUGCAAGAGAAAAGAUAGGGACACAGGCCUCCCGCUGUUUGCCAUCGGAGUCUAUCUUGAUGGGUGGGGAGAGACAAACAAACACCUGGCCUUUGGUGUUGCUAAACGCAAGGCGGAAGCAGGCGGAAAGGCAGCGCUGCAAGUGUUGAAGAACGAGAAAUUAAUGAAAGUUUACGAAGCUAAGAAGAAGCAAUGGCUGGAGGAGAAGGCGCAAUCGCGCAAGGCGGAGUCAGGAUCUUGA